AUGGAGGCCAACACACUUCUCUGCAGCACAUGUGCCACAAGCUUUGAUAGCUCCAUGGAGCGCAGAGAGCAUAUGCGGAGUACAUGGCAUGUACACAACGUCAAAAGAAGAGUGGAUGCAUUGCCUUCUGUUCCACUUGAGUUCUACCAAAACGAAGUAGUCGAGCCAUCUCACCACAGUGAAGAGGCCGAUUCUUCCUCUUCUGCGAGGUCCGGUGCUUCUGCCGUCGAAACUCUUGCGCCCUCAGCCUCCACGUUACCAGCAGAAGCAACGACGCAGUCGAGCUCUGGAAGCGAUGCGACAACCGACGACGCAGAUGAGGACGAGUCCGACUGUCUCUUCUGCAAUAAGCGCUUCGACAAUCUUCAGGAGAACCUCGAUCACAUGCACCAAGCACACAGCUUCUCCGUCCCCAACGCGGAUGACCUGGCAACAGACAUGGACACUUUCAUCACAUAUCUCACCCUCGUUAUCGAGACCUACCACUCUUGCCUCUACUGCGGCAACGAGAAGCAUUCCAAGGAAGCCGUGCAAGCACACAUGUUAGACAAAGGUCAUUGUCAACUCGACCUUUCCAAAGACUCGGAAUACUUGGAUUUCUGGAAUGUGGAAAGCGAAGUCGCGACUCACUUCAACUCUGCGCACGCCAUACCAUCGACAGUAGACGACUUUCGACUAGCCUCAGGCCAGAUCAUCUCCAACAGACACGCUGGUCGCGGCUCCGUACUAAAUUUCCCGAAAAGGCAUUCGAAUCCAGAGUCAUGUGCACUAGCGCUCAUACCAGCAUCAUCGCACCGACUUUCCACAUCUUAUUCCGACCUCACCCCCUCCUCUGCCUCUGAUCAUAAAAGGCGAGCGCUCGCCCGUCGUGAUGAGCUGGGAGUUGUUGGCCUCUCCGACCUCCAGAAACGCGCCUUGGCGGUGACGCAGCGCAAGGCCAAGACGUCGGAGGAUCGGGCCAACAACAAAGCACGCUGGGUGCUGGAAAACACGGGCAACAAGGUCAAGCAGAAACACUUCAAGCCCGACACGCCUGGGAGGAAGAACGGAUGAAUUGCUGGACAAGUCCGCCGCCGUCGCUCGAUGAGCUCUUCCCGGACGCUCGCACUUCCAGGGUCGCCCGAUCAUCAUGCAUCUGCGCGAAUAAGAGCCUCCUCUGCUGUCUUACGUCGGAGCCGCCAUUCCACAACGACAAGUGUCAGCUGCGAUUCCAAUUGCCGGCUGCGCACAGAAACAGCCAUCGGACGGGACAAUGACUCGCUUCCUCCACAAGCGUCUAAUUACGUGCAGCUGGGCGUUGCAAGUACUGCAUGUGCGAGGUCCGCUCAACCAAGCUCGCUUGCGCAGCUGGCAAAGCUGUU